AUUUUUCAGUGAACAACCUUAGAAAAAUCCAUAACAUGUAAGAAGAUAGUGAUGACGCACUCACCGUGACUGUUGUAGAAUAAUUCAGGCUUUAUUGAUUAUAAAAAAAUAAACAUCAACACGACAGGUACACAGGGAGUUGGGGGCAUUCACAGGGGCGGGACAUGUUUCACGCGCUGCAGCACUUCAUCUAGCCCGUACGGGCUAGACGAAGCGCCGUAGUGCGCAAAACAUGUACCUCUUGGUUGUGGUUUACGGUUCCAGACUUUACGGUGGUUUACGGUGCUACUUUGUGAAUAUCAACCUUAGAAGAAUUUUACUCUCAGGCAAAUAACAGGUUUUCCAGGCACCUCAAUGGGCAUGGAACGGGAUUUAGGUGUUCUGGUUCUAACGUCAUGACUACCAUUCUCAUAACUAGUAUGAGAGAUAUAGUGCAAAGUGCUACACAAUCGGAAGGGCAGACGCAGAACUCUCACCUACGUGAUGACCUUGACAUUGAAGGCUUACAAAGCCGGAAGAAAUGAUGAAAAUACUUAACUGGGUAGAAAAAAACCUGUCUGUAAUAAAAUAGAAUAUGCUGAACACACCCUGCUGCCAGUAACAUAGGUCACAUUUGGUUUUCUUCCUUCUAAGUAGUGUAAGCCAUGGCGUCUGCUGGUCUGAGAGACGAGCUGGACUGUUCCAUCUGUCUGAACCUUUAUACAAAUCCUGUAACCUUGAGAUGUGGACACAACUUCUGCCGGGUCUGUAUUGAUCGUGUGCUGGAUACACAGGACCAGUCUGGAAUUUAUUCCUGUCCUGAGUGUCGAGUAAAGUCUCCAAAGCAGCCACUGCAGAGGAACAUAACUCUACAUAAUGUAGUAGAACAUUUCCGGUCUACUCAGCCACAUCAGGAAAAGGUCACCGGGAUCUACUGCACCUACUGUGUGGACUCUCCUGUCCCUGCUGUGAAGUCCUGUCUGCACUGUGAGGCUUCUCUGUGUGAUAAACAUCUGAGAGUUCACAACAAGUCACCAGAACACGUCUUAUCUGAGCCCAGAACUUCUCUGGAGAACAGGAAAUGUUCUGUCCAUCAGAAGGUCCUGGAAUAUUACUGCACUGAGGACGCUGCUUGUAUCUGUGUGUCCUGCAGUUUGGCCGGAGAACAUCGGGGACACCAAGUGGAGAUGAUGGAUGAGGCCUCUGAGAAGAAGAAGAAGAAACUGAGAAAUGUUUUCCAGAAACUGAUAACAAAGAGAGAGAAGACUGAGAAAAGGGUCCAGAGUCUAGAGGAACGCAGGAGAAAAGCUCAAGAAAAAGCAGAUGGAGAAGUCGAAAGAGUUGAUGUCCUGUUUAUAGCCAUAAGGAGACAGCUGGACGACCUGGAGAAGAAGGUCCUGAGUGAGAUCUCCAGGCAGGAGAAGGAAGAGUCACUGUCACUGUCUGCUCUGAUCCAUCAGCUGGAAAUAAAGAAGGACGAGCUGUCCAGGAAGAUGAAACACAUUGAGGAGCUGUGUAACAUGACGGAUCCACUGACUGUUUUACAGGAACCAGACACAGGUGACUUGUGUGAUCCUGAGGAGGGGGGAGGGGAUGAGGACACAGGGGGACAUGAUAAGGCACAUGAUGUAGAUGUGGAUGGAAUUGCAGGGAUGCUACACAAAGGUUUUUCUGACAUAUUGACAUAUUUACCAUCCAUUUCACUUGCAAAACCCAAAGAAAUAGAAAUCUAUGAGGAGGGUCCUGCAGACAUAUUACUGGAUGUAAACACGGCUGCGAAUGAUAUUCUUAUAUCAAAGAACCUGAAAACUGCAACCUGGACAAAAAUAACACAGAAUCGUCCAGAAACAGCAAAGAGAUUCCAAAGUCCUCAGGUGAUGAGCAGCCGGAGAUUUACCUCAGGACGACAUUACUGGGAUGUGGAGAUCAGUAGAUCAAGGGAUUGGAUGGUGGGGGGGUGUUAUCCCAGUAUAGACAGGAGGGGGGAUCGGUCACACAUUGGAGAGAAUAACAAGUCCUGGAGUUUAUGUGGAGGACUGGAGUAUAAAAAUCAGUGUACGGUGAGACAUGACAGUAAAGAUGUCCUGUUACCUCACCAGGUCUCCAGUAAUAGAGUCAGGAUCUGUCUGGAUUAUGGGGCCGGGCAGCUGUCCUUUUAUGAGCUGUGUGACCCCAUCAGACACUUACACACCUUCACCACCACCUUCACCGAGCCCCUUCAUGCUGUGCUAUGUGUCUGGGGAGGUUCUAUAAAGAUAUUAGGGGGAGGAGCAGCUGUGAGGAAACGUCCUCAAUGAACAAUUCUGCCCGGUGACUGGUGACGCUGCAGGGUGAAGAACCUCAUUGGUCGGGCAAACAGUCUACAAAACAGUGGGGGAGACUAAACAUAG